ACGCCUUGAAGACAGGAACCAUUUUAUUUUCUCCGCAACAAGUCCGGACAAAAUCUGGUGACGGAUCGGUCCACUUCCGGUCCAGUUGUCAACAGAGGAGCACGCGUGUCUUACCCCAGUUAAAAUGCCGAAGGCUCAGAAAGGAAAAGCCCCGGAGAAGGUUGUUCACCCGUACAGCAGGAAAGCUGCUUACCUCGCCCGAGAAGAAAUCAGACUGAAAAAGAAAGAAAGGCAGAAGAAUGACAAAGCAACACGUCUCAGCAGCAUUGGUGAGAAGCUGUUGUGGUUUCAGGGACAGUUGGAUCCAGAAAAGACCGCUUACACCAGAAAAGAUGCCUGUGACAUCGUUGACAGGUACCUCCAGAGGUUUGAUUCUGAACUGGAGCAGAUUGAGUUGAUGAACGGGAUCAAGGGUCGCCAGGGUCGUCUCCAUGGUGCCAGAGAGGCUGUCAUCAAACAGACCAUCGAGCGGGAGCGAGCGCAAUAUGAGGGCAUCGGAUUUGAGAUCCCAGACAUCAUCAAUGCAAAGCAUCUGAAAACAUUCAGGGAGUGGACCGGUGAUCUGAAGAAACUUCCAAAUAUCAAACUGCGAAAGGUGUCUAACAAAGGUUUGGACACAAAGAAUGAAGAAGAGGAGAAACAUGACGCAAAAGAUGAUAUUGAGGAUGAUGAAGAUGACUUGGAUGAUGAGGAGCUGGAUGAGAUGGUGCUGAUGUCGGACUCAAACUGACUCAGGAUAACAUCAGACUGGCAAAGACUCUUUCAUAGAAAAAGUGUUUGUGUGGGAAAAUGCUGCUACUCCAUGACUGUCCAGAAGAUGGUGCCAAACUCUCUGGUGGAAAACUAAAAAUGUGAUCAGUCUGCCCUCCUUUAAAGUCUUGUUGUUUCUCAGUAACUUCACACCGGCCUGUGAGGGUUUCUACAUUCACUGUUUAUUGCACAAACAAAUAUGCAUCGUAUGUAGCCGGAAUAUUCAAAAAAGGUUUUGACAAAGAUGUUGAGCUGUGGUGUUGUGUUGUGGUGGAUAUAAGACACAGAGAAAAUAACAUUUUCCGUGACAUGAAAGUGACACUGGUAAAAAAAAAAACAACAACAACCCAAAUUAAACCUGUAGAAAAGUAGACACGUGUAAACAACAGUCUUCUUUUGUAGAUUGACUGGUCAGUCACUCACACAGUGUGUCAAGUCUAAUGUCAAUAAAUGGCAACCACGAAAGCUCUAGUUACAUCGAUGUAUAAAUAACGGGACCUCGCAGAGCAGGAUCACUUAAAGCUGCAAACUGUCAAAACAAAACGUCAUAAACAACUGGGUUACUUGAGAUUUGCUAUUUUAAGAAAUAUUCUAAACUUUCCUAUUAUCAUAAAUAAAUUCUGCUUUUUCAAAACAUUACAUUUUUCAAUUUCAGACUGAGCUAAAUAUUUAAAUAGUUGUUUCUCUACUUAUAUCUGACUCUUUGGUGUCUGAAGACCUGAUUGUCCAGAAGGAGAGUUAAGGCCUCAGUAUGCUUCAAACAAAGUGCUUGUUGGAUUGUCUAACUGCAUCUGAAACCUGCUGCUUUCACGUGUGCCCGUGCCCGCUUCAUGCUAACAGGUGUGCGGAGGUGUGAAAAUAGGUGGGGUAUGAACUUCUUUCCUCAAGCUCUUUUCCAUUCUUCACACUACAACCUCCGUCACGUCUCGUAUACAACUGAAUGCAACGGAAUAAAUGGCCAUGAAGAAAGACUGUUCCCAAGUUUGUGCCAUUAUUUCCAUUUCAGCGACUACCACAUCUCUGACAGCAUGUUUAAGGUGAGUGUUGCAGUUUGGAAAUAAACAAUGAUAAUGACACA